AUGCACAACGCGUCGUCCUGGGGGCCGGGGCGCGCCAACGCGUCGUGCCCCGGGCCAGCGCUCGCCUGCCCCAACGCGUCCGGCCUGCCGCCGCCGCUGCCCACGCCGCUGGCCGUGGCCGUGCCGGUCGUGUACGCGGUGAUCUGCGCGGUGGGGCUGGCGGGCAACUCGGCGGUGCUGUGCGUGCUGCUGCGGGCGCCCCGCAUGAAGACGGUCACCAACCUGUUUAUCCUCAACCUGGCCGUGGCAGACGAGCUUUUCACGCUCGUGCUGCCCAUCAACAUCGCCGACUUCCUGCUGCGGCAGUGGCCCUUCGGGGAGCUCAUGUGUAAGCUCAUCGUGGUCAUCGACCAGUACAACACCUUCUCCAGCCUCUACUUCCUCGCCGUCAUGAGCGCCGACCGCUACCUGGUGGUGCUGGCCACCGCCCAGUCGCGCCGGGUGGCGGGCCGCACGUACGGGGCCGCGCGCGCGGUGAGCCUGGCCGUGUGGGGGCUCGUGACGCUGGUCGUGCUGCCCUUCGCCGUCUUCGCCGGGCUGGACGACGAGCAGGGCCGGCGCCAGUGCGUGCUGGUCUUCCCGCAGCCCGAGGCGUUCUGGUGGCGCGCCAGCCGCCUCUACACGCUGGUGCUGGGCUUCGCCAUCCCCGUGUCCACCAUCUGCGCCCUCUACACCGCGCUGCUCUGCCGUCUGCGCUCCAUACGCCUCGACAGCCACGCCAGGGCCCUGGACCGCGCGAAGAAACGGGUGACUGUCUUGGUGGUGGCGAUCCUGGCCGCUUGCCUCCUCUGCUGGACGCCCUACCACCUGAGCACGGUGGUGGCGCUCACCACCGACCUCCCGCAGACGCCGCUGGUCAUCGCGGCCUCCUACUUAAUCACCAGCCUGAGCUACGCCAACAGCUGCCUCAACCCCUUCCUCUACGCCUUCCUGGACGACAGCUUCCGCAGGAACCUCCGCCAGCUGCUGGCGUGCCGCGCCGCCGCCUGA